AUCUAUAUUCGAGUAGGCUGCUUUAUCUAAUCUUAUCUAUAUUGAAAAAGUUUCCCGCUGGCGGUGCUGAUUGGCUGUUGGAGUGUCUGAACGCUGACUCGGUCCAGUAACUUAGGCUUGCUUUCACACUUCCAGCAACUUGCUCUAGUCCAGUGUGCCCUGCACAAGCUCUCCCUUUCAAGAUGUGGGAGACAGCCAAGGAUCUGACUGCUGGUACGGCAGGAGGAAUUGCUCAGGUUUUGGUAGGCCAACCAUUUGAUAUUGUCAAAGUGAGGAUGCAAACGGCGCCAAAAGGCACAUACCAGGGCAUGUUGCAUUGUGCAGGUGGCAUUUUGAAAAAUGAGGGUCCCUUGGCGUUUUACAAGGGAACUUUGACCCCUCUCUUGGGCAUUGGCGUCUGCGUGUCGAUUCAAUUUGGCGCACUUGAAUACUCCAAGCGCCUUUUUGCUCAACAAAACAUCGUCAAAGGGAAGGGUGGACCAGAUGGACUGACGCUGAGUAGCGGUCAGCUUUUUGUCUCCGGCGUGGCUGCUGGUCUGGCGAACGGUGUGGUCUCAGGGCCCGUGGAACACAUUCGUAUCCGUCUUCAAACACAAUCCGCGACUAACCCAACGUAUGCUGGACCUUGGCAUGCAAUGAGGAAGAUCCAUGGUGAUCACGGUAUAAACGGAAUCUACAAGGGUCAGGUUAUUACACUAUGGCGUGAAGCAGUCGGAUACGGAAUCUACUUCUGGGCCUACGAAAAACUCAUGCAACGCGAAAUGGCAAUGAAAGGAAUCAGACGUGAACAGGUCAGCCCGGCAAAAGCAGUCCUAUUCGGUGCAGCUGCAGGCUACGCAUUAUGGGCUGUUAUAUAUCCGAUAGACAUGAUCAAAUCUAGGAUACAGACCGAUGGAUUUUCAGCUGCGGGCGGACAAAAAUACAACUCUAUCGUUCAUUGUGUUCAUACUGUCUGGAAGACAGAAGGCAUUGGUGCCUUCGCUCGUGGUUUGAUUCCCACACUGAUCCGUUCACCGUUUGCGAAUGGCGCGACAUUCCUUGGAUUUGAAAUGGCCAGCCGUCUUCUGAACUCACUGUAGUACCCCCAUGAUACCAGGCUUAAUUCUUUGUAGGUUUAAUAGAUGUUCCAUACCCUAGAUAUGUACUCUACGUGUUGCUUAUUUGACGUUUUCGGACAUCGAUGUUGCUUUGUCUCAUCACUUGUCAUGACGGAUGUAGGAAUGACUGUUAUAUACUAUUAUAUAAAGAGAAUCAACGAGUGUUGUACAGGGUGACCGUGCUACAAUGUGAUGCUAUGUACAAAAUGUUUCUGUGGCAAAAGUGUGCAUGGAGUGUAAGAGAUGAACAAGGCCGAGCUGAUACCGUCAGUAAUGUUACAAGAAAGGUAUGAAGGAGUGAAGAGCUGGGAAAGAAACAUUGAACCGAUGA